AUGAUGAAGUUCAUCGUUCGUCGUCCACGCGAUGACGUCAAUGAGCGCACGGUGGCGGAGGAUAAGAUUGAAAUGACAGCUGCUGAGUCUCACGGCGACGCCGCAGGAGAGAGUCAACCGAACCCGCGCGCGGAGAUGGUUGAUCAGAGCCCGGAUGAGGCGUCGGGCGGAGCUCCUGUUGUGGCGCAGCGUGUAUUAAACGUCGAUGAGAUUGAUACGAGCGCAAUCACCGGUCUGCGCGCCAUCACGGCGUUGCAAAUCGCAUGCGGGCACUGGUUACUCUUUUACGGAAACAGCGAAUCGCCGUACUUGGACUUUCAAGGCGGCGUCGCCGUGAGCAUCUUUUUUCUCAUCACUGGAUUCGUCAUGUACAUUGCGUAUCACGAGAAAGUAGAAAAACAAGGCUUCAAGUAUUGGGAGUUCAUCAAACGGCGCUACAUUCGAGUGCUACCUCUCCAUUGGUUUGCGCUUGCGUGGUUCGCGCCGUUCCUGGCGUUUAAUUAUAGAACAAUCGUGGCGGAUUACAAUUUCUGGCAGAACAAGAGUGGUGAGGUGAACCUGAUCAUGGGCAUCGUCCUGACACCAUUAUUGAUGCAAUCUUGGAUAUUUUCUCUAUGCUACUGGAAUUCUGUGUGCUGGAGUCUGAGUUGUCAACUGGGGUAUUACUUUUGCUUUCCGUGGCUGACGCGCAAGCUCAACGCGUUGGUGCGCAAAUUCGAGGAGAAAGCGGCGAUCGACUUUCCCAUCGCGGACGAUCUCGAAAAUAAAUCCAGUACUGAAUCUUCUCGCUUCGAUUCGGUUCAAAAGUCUUGCCGAAAGUAUCUUAUGUACGCCUAUCACGCGUCCUACAUGGCCCCACUCGGCGUCAUGGGCGCUGUUAACUCUCCAGCGUUUCGAAAUGUGUGGCGUGACGCGAAUUUCGAGUCUCGAGCACACGUCGUCGUGACCGCGUUAGAUGGUGAUAUGGAUGGUAUGCGCGCAUACUUUUGCGGUCGAGCGUGGUUCCCUGUGCGAAUACCGCUCUUCUUCAUGGGCAUGCUUGUCGGCGCGAUGCGUCUGCGUUUAGCGCGGCGCGGUGUGACACCUCAAACUGAGAGAUUUUGGGCAAAGUUCACCGAUUACUUCUCAUUGGGCUUCGCUUCUUGGCUGAUUGGCUCCGUCAUUACAUCCGGCUUGGUCGCAGACUCGAAGAACGUGCGCAUCUUUAACGAAUUCUUUCUCACGGCGCCGUGCGCGUUUUGGCUGUACGGUUUAACCGUCACGCGCAAAUCAUACACCGUCCAAGUCCUCAGGAAUCCCGUCGCCCAAGCCAUCGGACACACUUCUUCGGACGCGCAUGGCGCGGCGCUGAGUCUCAAAGACGCGCAAACGACAGACACGCGCGUCAUGCACGCCGUUGACGCCGCGCGCGCGCUCACGACGCGCCGCGGGCGGUCUUUACUCGACCACUGUUGGGGCGACGCCGCGCACGCGAGCUCGAAUCACACCGGUGGCGAAUGGAUGCGCUUCAUCGCGUGGCUAGUCAUGCUUUGCAUGGCGGUGGUGUUCUUGAUCGUGGCGGUAAAGAAGUGGCCGCCGCCGCAGCGAGUGUUUCCGAGGAGGAAACCGUUGAUGAGCGUGCCGUGGUGCUUGGCGGCGCGGUUGUUGGGGUACGGGGUGUUCGAUUGGCGCACGGGGAAGCUGACGCCGUGGUGGGAUUUCAUCAAGGAGCGACACGACAUAUUGAAUAUAUUCGCUGGCGACGCGGCGUUCAUAACGCAGCGAGGGCGGUUCGCGCACUUGGCGACGGAGUUGGCGAGCACGGCGGCGGCUUCUAUGGUGCUGACGGAUUUAACGAGCGCUCGCGUGAGCGGUGGGUUUUGGACCAAUCAGAUAUGGGUAUUCGUGUUGCUGUUGACGUAUGACAUCGUGCUCGGGAUCGCGCUGCGAUUGGCGACUUUAGGGGCGACGAAGGUAAGUUUUGAAGCGGCGGAAAACGUCGGUUUCAUGUGCGCCGAGAGCGGGGAAAUUCAAGACUUGGAAGACGAGGAGCAGCUGAUCGAGAUGGGAAUCAAGGCUUCGCAUGCGUUUAAUUUGACUCAGUAUCGUCUUCUUGAAGCGUGCGUCGCGUUCUCAUUUGUGAACGUUUUGGUAUGUUCGCUUUGGGCGCACUUGGCGAAUCCUGCCGACGGAUGCGGCGACGCGUUUAACACGUUUGUGGCGUACAUAUACGUCUUCGGAUUAUAUCAAGGCUUUUCUUUGACCGUCAUUAGCCCAUUUGCACUCACUGUGCGGUGGUGUGCGGCCGCUUUCUUGAUCACACGCAUCGAUGAAGUGCAGACGCCCGAGGAGACGAUGGAUUGCUGUUGGAAACACAUGUGCCCGCGGCUUUGCGGAUGCAGACCCCCGCUCGUGACUCCGCUCGAGCAGCGCACGGUGAGUAAACUAUUCAUGAGCCCGCGUAAGGAUAACGGCGUAAUGACUGGGAAUAUCGUCAAGGCGGCAGCAGUGGUCGGGAAGUCGAGAUAUGAUGCGCAGGAUUCACCGCUGACACCUCGGCCAGAGUCGAUGAACCGGGACGUCGAGAGCGGGUCUGCAGAUUUAUUUACCAGCGCGACGGAAGGUAAAGAGGACACCGACGAUGAAACUCCUGAAAACAUCGGCGCUCGACCACAGCUCACGCUGUCGCCAUCGGAGAAGUACGCAAUAUUUCGACGUCAAGCGUCACUCCGCAAGGACAUCGCGCUCGAGGACAUCGAUUGCGCGCAAUACCCCGACGGAGAUUUUGAUCAUCGACCUUCGUACGAACUAGGCCAUAGCGAUCAAAUUGCGGGUGAAUCUGCGUUCGCUGCCGCGCGCAUGGCGCUCAUCAGUGCUGGUAAGCUCACCCCAGAGCAAGUCGUGCGAACGCGCGAUUUCAAGCACGACUGGAGCGCGCGCAAAAGUAGGUACGACAGCGCCUCUGACUCCGGCGGCGAGUCCACGGAAGAUUCUGAUCCCGAAUUAGGAGUCAACGACAAGACCGCCGACGACGUCGACGACGUCAUCGUUCGCACCGACGUCGCGAAUAUGGAGUCUUCGGCGUCGCCCACUGUGAGGUGGUCUCGCAAGCUCAAGGACGCCGCCUCGCCCGCCGACGACACCAUUGACGACGACGAGUUAUUCGAUGAAGAGUUAGAUUCAGAUCCUUGGGGUGAUGGUUCGGCGUAG